AUUGUGUAUCAAUAAAAUAAUUCAUGCAGUUGUGUUUUUGUGUAAAACGCGGAGAAUACUUUGUGAUUUUCAUUCAACGACCAAACGAAAUCAAUGUCUCUAAGUGGAAACAGAAGAAAAAUUUAAUCAUUCAAACAAACGUCAAAUGUUAGGCGAAAAUUUAUUCUUGUUAAAUGGUGUUAUUUUUAUUUGCCUGUUUGGUUAAGCAAUAAUUUAAGAUUACGGUAAAAAAAAAAUUGUGUUCAAGCAAAGAAGAAAAAAAGAGCCCAUGGAAAGUGCAAACGAAUCACAAUACGAUAAUUGUCGCUUGUUUUCUCUUCGAAUCAAAUAUUGCCCAAUUUCGUCAUCAUACACGCUCCCAUGCAUAUCCAACAAAACGAACGAAAAAACAAAAUUAAAUCAAAAUUACUGUACAAACUAACUGAAUAAAUGAAAUUGAAUGCCAAUGACGUGGAUGGCCAAUUCCAAUCGCUAGAAACGAAUGUAUAAAAUACACAUCGAAAUACGGCACACAAUAUUUGCGUGUCGUUGCCUGACACAUGGUCGAAAGACAUCGUGAUUUCCAUAGUUGUUUUGAUUAAAAUUUUAAAUAAAUAAACAUACAAAGUGAAAAAAGAAAAAAAUAGUCGGCAGAUAUAUUUUCGUGCAGUGCCUGUGUCUCGAAAAUCUCAACUGCCUAGCCAAAGAAAAAGAAGUAGAAGAAGAAGAAGAAGGAGAAGAAAGAAAAAAAUCAGCUACCACAAACGAAAACAUACUGCGCUCGCAACGCAAAACCCAAACAUAUUAUUUCGAAAUAAUUGUGUCGAUGAUAGCGUACAACACGAAAAUUUCAUGCCAAAGGACACAGAAGUAAUGAAAUAAAAAAAAACAAUAAAAUAAAUUCCCUGCAGAAAACAACAAAGGCCAACACAAAAAAGUUUAAAGUGAGAGAGAGAGAGAGAAACAAACGGGUUGAACUGAUUGAGACGAGUUGUCAGUUAUACAAAGAGCAAAUGGGAAAGAGCGGUGAAUACAAAAAAUAGAAUAAACGCAUGGCGAGUAAGAGCAAACGGAUAAGUCACAACAAAGGCUGCAGGCGGGAAAGUACAAUUUAAUCAGCAAAAAACAAUUUUGCGUUCAUCGCUCAUUCUAUUUUUUUGCUGCUGCUCCUGAUGCCACUUUGGAAUAUAUGUGUUGUUGAAAUUUGUGCUUUGUUAUUGUUAAAAUCCAUUUUUGUUGUUAAAUUGAUAAAAGCGACAACACCUUCGGGCGCCUUCAUUGCAUCGGACGGUCGGUAGAUCGGUGGCGAAACAGACGUAAAUACACACAAAUUGUGUGUGGGAAAUUAAGCCAAAACGAGUGCGGAAACAAGGAAAAUCCAAUAAGUUUUAUUCGGUCGAACGUUUACUGAACAAAUACACACGAAACGGUGUGUAAAGCACACAGACUGGAUUGUAGCGAACAGAUACGCAACCCACACACACACACACACACACAUACUCCGAAAUCCAUUGAAGUAUAAUACCCUGAGAGAAGCCGUUUGUGUCAUAUUUGCUGUUUUGUUUCGAUUAACAAUAUCUCCAACGCAUUUUUGGGUUCGAGGCAAUUCAGAGAUGAAAGUAUUUUCGAUGCACGUACAAUAGUCAGCCGACUGACGCGCGUACAACGCUUUUGGUGUUCUUUGCCAUUGUUACUGUUUGCUAUUCUGUGUACUGACCUAUACACACAUAUUAUUAUUUCUUUUGCCCUGAAAACAUUGCAUGUCAUUUAACGUUGAUGGAAUUUGUUUUAAAAUUUCCAUCGAAGCUUGUUGCUUGACGCAAUAUUGGCGGAAUCCCGGCUUUUUAACGAACAUUCACUCGCAACCGUCUGAUUCAUUAAAAUCCCACUGUUGUGUACAGUUAACAACGCACGUUAUCGAUAUACCAAAAAUAACUUUUAACAACUUUUGGCCACAAUAAAAACCAAUAACAUCAAUAAACGAAACGUGCGGCUGUGCGUUUUAUUUGCUCGCGUACGCACACCCACUGGAAAAUAUAUGCAAUUUUGAGUGCUAACCCAAAUGAAAUUAUCGAAUAACGCAUAAUUGCCUGUUAAAUGGCUUGUUGACAAUGAAUUCAUAACUAUUAGUUCGGUUCGACAUACAAACAAAUCAACACAGCAAAUGCAAAGUGAAAACAACUGUGAAAAAAAAAAAUUAAAAUAAACUCACUCAACAGCACACAAUCAUCGGCUAUUGAACAUUAAACCAUUUUUAGAAUUUAGAAAAUUAAAUUAAAGAUUAAAUAUAAAUUUAUAAAAAGAAAAAGAAAGUGAGUUCAAAAUGCCAGAACAAAGCAACGAUUACAGGGUUGUGGUCUUCGGAGCAGGUGGAGUUGGUAAGAGUUCGCUGGUGCUGCGAUUCAUAAAAGGAACAUUCCGAGAGAGCUAUAUACCAACGAUUGAAGACACAUACCGUCAGGUCAUUAGUUGCAAUAAGAACAUCUGCACCUUACAAAUCACAGAUACAACGGGUAGCCAUCAGUUUCCAGCGAUGCAACGGUUAUCGAUAACAAAAGGUCAUGCAUUCAUUCUGGUGUAUUCGGUGUGCUCGAAACAGAGCCUCGAAGAGUUGCGAGCGAUUUGGGCGUUGAUCAAGGAAUUAAAAGGACAGGAGAUAUCACAAAUUCCGGUCAUGUUGGUUGGCAACAAGUGUGACGAGAGUGCUGCAUUGCGUGAGGUCACCGAAUUGGAAGGCAAAGCCGAGGCUGCUUCAUGGGGUGUUUCAUUUAUGGAAUGCUCAGCCAAAGAGAAUAUUCGGGUGACUGAACUAUUUCAAGAAUUGCUGAAUAUGGAAAAAACGCGCACUGUAUCACUGCAAUUGGACGGGAAAAAGAACAAAAAAUCCAAACCAAAGAAGAAGGAUCUGGCAAAUGGUGGUGCAUCACAAGACAGUGGCGAGGGUUCAAGUGCUAAUAUCAAAGAAAAAUGUCACGUAAUGUCAGGCGGCUAAAGUGGCUCAUCAAGCAAAUUUCCAUUGCGAGAAGAGCGUAAGAAGACCAUUACAUUUUCGAUAAGCGAGAAAAAAAAUAGAGGAACAAUAGUGAGAAAGCAUAUUUAUUUGGUUGAAAGGUCUGCGUUUUUUUGUUUUUCUACAAUGUAAAUAACAAUGUUUUGUUUUAGAAUAAACUGUGAUUGUUAAUGGAAAAGACACACAAAAAUGACAUAUGAAUGUUAUCAUGAAUUAUAUCGUAUACACAUGGUUCAAUAGAACAUAGUGAAAACGAUGAAGAACAAAAAACCGAAUCAAUAAAAUAAUCGAAUCAGAAAUAUUGAUUUAGAGCCAUAUGGAUGGAUGGAUGAAAAAAGAAAUCAAAUUUCUGGUGUGAAAACAAUGAUAGGACCCAAAAUUGAGAGCGGAGAUAAAAAAAACCAUGUCUCCUUUUUCUUAUGACUACAUUUAUUGCCGGUGUAAGGUCGUGCUUGUGAGCGGUAGCGUGUUUAACGCGUACAUGUCGGCACAAGCCUGACGCCGCAUUAAGUUUAAUUAUUCAAUUAGUACAUUUAAUUUUCGUUCAUAUCUGCGAAUUAGCGCAAUUACACCCCAGAAUAUAAAUUGCUCGCUUCAAUUUAUUAGGCAACAACACACAGCUGAACAAGAAAUAACGACAAAAAAUGUAUUAUUCGCAGGGACAUUUAUUGUGGAGUCAUCACAAUGAUUCUGCUAUCAUCGUCAAAAAAAAUGUAAGAGAAUUUAAGAUUUGCACCACUUUUCUCCACAACAGACAAUUUCUCACCCUUUUAGCCUCACGCUGAAUUAUAAUUAUUAUACUUACACAAAAGACAGUUUCAGAGAAGAGAAAAGAAAAAGUUGGAAAUAAAACGACUUGAUGCAGAGCUAAAAAUACAAUGUAAUAAUGCUAAAUGAUGAUUUUAGAGUAGAAUAGACAAAUGGGUGUUAGACGAAAUGGAGAAUAGUGAGUAUUUUCCCUUCUACCCCUAAACAAAUGAAUUAUACAAUUAAAAAUUAUUAUUAUUAUCUAUUUUUAUCUGAUUAGUAGUUAUCCGAAAUGAACACGGAUCGUUUGCCAAUGGAAAUAGCCAAAUACAGAAACAAAAAAAAAUCUUUUCUUUUUGAUUUGCUCUGAUGGUGGUGUUUACGCUAAUUAUUGACUAGUAAAUUAGUAAUUUAGAAGAAAAAAAAGACUCCAUACGCAAUCGAUCGUUGUUCAUUUCGAUUUCAAACCAAAAUAUGAAUAUAUUAUCUAGUUUUAGAUGAAAAAUAAAGUUGCAUUAAAAUUUAAACUUAUAUUAGUGGAUACAACGAAUUCAAAAACCAAAAAUGAUGACAGCAAAAAACGACAUUGAUUUACACACACACGAAAAAAAGAACGCAAUGGGCAAAUAAAACACAAAUGGAAUCAGCUGAAAAAUAAAUGAGGGAUUAUAUUUAUUAUGUUUGUUAUCAAUGAACUACCAGAAAAAAAGAACAAAACAAAAACCACAAACGUAUGCUAAUGUGGAUGAAACUAACAAAAAAAAAUAAGAGGAAAACAUAUACAAUUUUUAUGAAUAGAAUGUAGAUGACUGUUGCGGUCGAUGGUUGUUUUUUUUUUGUCUCGUAAUAUUUAGAGAUUCCGUUUUGUAAAGGAAGUAUAGGCAUUUACAUGCUGUUAGUUAUAUAUAUAUUUCCUUCCACAACCAUCGAAUAUUGUUCGGAGAAUAAAUAUUCAUUUCACACAUACUGAAAAAAAAGUAAAAAGCUUUAUCAAUAGGACACAAAAAAAAUACAAGUAAAAUAAACUGUGGUGAAUAAAUUGAUGUUAUGGGCGAGUGACGACGGCGAAUCAAAUUCGCUAUUGAACUCUCCUUAUGUUGUCUACAGAAAAAAAAGCCAAUGCAAAAAUUUUCCGUAGAAUAGUGAUCAAGGGCUCAUUCGCGCCUCCGAUUGACUAUUGCUUUUCCUCAGCCGAUCAAUAUGCUUCGGUGAAAAUUAGCAACAGCGAAAAAUACGCUCUUAUUUCAACAAGUAAUUUUUUUUAAAUCCAAUUCAAACUAGUUGAUUUAGUUAGCUAAACAAAUAGGUUUUUAGAUCUUAACGUAUUGUAUUCUUUUCGUUGGUGAAACCAAAAAAAUCUAAUUAAACGACCAAUCAAUUAACAAAAAA